UGAGGAAAUAAGAGCGCGACGAAAGAGCUGUCAGCCUGGUCAACGGAUUUGAUGUGUUUUUUAAGGAAUCGCUAUGACUGUGGUGAUCGGGUUCGAGGGCAGUGCCAACAAGAUCGGGGUGGGCAUCGUGCGGGAUGGAGAGGUCCUGUCCAACCCUAGGCGCACCUACAUCACUCCACCGGGACAAGGGUUCCUGCCCAGUGAGACGGCCAAGCACCAUCGCAGCGUUAUCCUGAGCGUCCUGAGGGAGGCGCUGCAGCAAGCAGGGCUGAAACCCGCUGACAUUGACUGUGUGGCUUACACAAAGGGCCCAGGUAUGGGUGCCCCGUUGGUGACGGUGGCUCUGGUGGCCAGGACAGUGGCCCAGCUUUGGGGGAAGCCGCUGUUGGGGGUGAACCACUGCAUCGGGCACAUCGAGAUGGGGCGUCUGAUCACCCAUGCUAACAACCCUACUGUGCUGUAUGUCAGCGGGGGUAACACACAGGUGAUCGCGUACUCAGAGCGCCGCUACAGGAUAUUUGGGGAGACCAUCGACAUCGCCGUGGGAAACUGCCUGGACCGUUUCGCCAGGGUCAUUAAGAUCUCUAAUGACCCCAGUCCUGGGUACAACAUUGAGCAAAUGGCCAAGAGGGGCACCAAGUAUGUGGAAUUGCCCUACACAGUGAAGGGAAUGGAUGUGUCCUUCUCAGGGAUCUUGUCCUAUAUCGAGGAAGCAGCACACAAGAUGCUGAGCUCAGGCCAGUGCACAGCUGAGGACCUGUGCUUCUCUCUGCAGGAGACCUUGUUUGCCAUGCUGGUGGAGAUCACAGAGCGGGCCAUGGCACACUGCAACUCCCAGGAGGUGCUCAUUGUCGGGGGUGUGGGCUGUAACCUGCGUCUGCAGGAGAUGAUGGGGGUCAUGUGCAAGGAGAGGGGGGCACGGCUGUUCGCUACGGAUGAGAGGUUCUGCAUUGAUAACGGGGUGAUGAUCGCACAGGCAGGAUGGGAGAUGUUCCGGUCGGGUCAUGUGACCGAGUUGGCCGACUCCUGGAUCACUCAAAGGUACAGAACAGAUGAGGUGGAAGUCACCUGGAUAGACUGAUUGACAACCAUCGCAUUUUACCACCUUUGAGCUGUGACUCAACAACGGACAGGUGAUGAGGGGUGUGUCACAAUGUGACAAAGCACUACUCAGCCUCUGUCCCCAUCACCUGCCACCGUUACAUCAAAAGGCUCACAGACGGUGUGGUGAACUGCAGAGGACUGGUGUGACACAUCACCUGUUGUGGACACGGCUUGAGCUCCCUCUGCUGGUUGGUCAUGUGAAUUGUCAGCAGGAAAUUUCAUCAUGGCCUUAUGAA